AUGAAGAAGGUUGCCUAUGUGCGAAAAGCUGAUCCCAGAUUUGUGGCCAAGGCAGCUGAGAGAGUCAACCGCGAAAUCUUGAAGAAAGGUAAACACUUGACAGAUCGAGGGUUGUAUCUGGCGCUCGCAAUGCGAAUGAAUUCGCUUUACUCGCGUGAUCUGGGACUCCGUCAGUGGAAGGAGUCUUAUGGAGCAAUUCACAAGGCCAAGGCACAUGGCCGUGAGGUCCUGCACAAAUCUGCGUUGCCAGCGCUGAGGGAAGAUGGCGAGCAACUGCUGGCCUUGCUUCUUGAUGACUGUCAAGGCAAGUUUCAAGAGGCCUGGCUGGCAAUGAGCCGUUCUACCAGGGCUUGGGCCUGGCAACGCCUGGCCCUUUGGCUGUUGCAAAAUAACCCGGCAGUGGCCUUGGAGUUUUUGCUCGUCACAACUGAGCCACGAGAGAAACCAGACCUUACUAUGGUUGUCGAUUGCUUGGCCUACUUGGAAAGAUUUCAUUAUGAAGAACUCCGGGAUUGGACGAAGGGUGCCCACACAUUCGAAUCGGUUGUUGCAACUUCCCUGGAUCCGAAGGACUGGCCAAUUGUUUCCCCGCCGCAAAGGGGUAUACGGUUCUAUAUUCGGCGGGCAAGCUUCUUGGGUGUCUACGAGAGCUUCCGUUUAAUGAACGAACGAGGCACCACGAUGGAAGCGCAAACAGCACUUUGCUAUAUGUACCGAUUUACCGAACUGAAAGAUGUGGAAUAUGCCCUCAGAGCCCUCGAAUUCAUUCCCAAAAUCCAAGAUCCUGAAUUUUCUAUGGACUCCGAAGGAGUCCUGCGGCACUGUUGCAAGCUCCUGACCCUGGACACUGUUGAGGAUAAUGCCGGAGGGCGCAAUUUCCGAAUCCUUCCACGGCUUCUCAAAAUGGGUGUCCAGCCAGACCGAGACAUGAUGAAUCUAGUGCUCGCCAACGCUUACAAGACUGGGGAUCCUCAAUUGGGGUCGGACAUGCUUCAGUUCAUGAAGAAUCACCACCAUGAAUUCGAUUCUUAUACAUACUUGACUCUCCUAACUGAUGCGGUGUCUCGAGGUGACCGGGGUCGUGUGGACGAGUUGGUGCGGGAGGUUGAGAUGCAAGAGGAACUACGAAACAACCCCUACAUUUUCAGCAAAAUCUUCCAUGCCCAUUUCACUUUUACUGCCAAGCAAAUUGACCCCGAUAGCGAUCCCUCAGGAGUUUUCUACUCUAUGCUCGAUAUGUACAACAAAAUCCACGAUAUCACACCGCUCAAAGAACUCCUUUUACUUCCUCCCCAAUAUACACCUCCGCCAACUCAAGGACUUGAAGUCAAAACCCCACCUUCUCCGGUAUCAUUGUUCCUCAUGAUUGCAACAUUCUUCCGUUGUAGGAAUCGGAUAUCACAAGUUCAUCACAUGUACGACAGAUUCCGCGAGCUCGUGCAGCAGGGCCACCCAUCCAUCGCUCCUCUGGUCGAAACUGACCAUGUCUACAAUGAAUUUCUCAUCGCCUUCCGCAAGAGCAGCCGUGGACUACGUUCAAGCAUACGUCUCGUCGAAGAUAUGCUUGACGCAUCUGCCAUGCCGAAAGAGACUACGGCUGCCAAGCCUCUCAAUCACAUUAUGCCCACCCCUCGCACUUGGACCAUCCUCCUUAGUGCCUUUAACUACAGUCGCCAGCCUGACGCAGCCGAAAAAGUCAAGGAGAUGAUGGCCAAGCACGACGUGGAGUACAACCAAGUGACAUGGAACACCAUCAUCAACGGAUUCGCAAAUGCACAGGACAUCCCCGAGACUGCUAGUGCAAUCAAGAAAAUGGAAAAAGAAGGCUUUGCUAUUGACCAUUACACAAUGAAGAGUUUGCGUUAUCUCCGCGACCCCGAACGCCUCUGGGUGGCGAUCGAGGAGAUGGAUGAGAGCCUUGAUUCGGAUGGGACCCAUAGGCUUCUCACUCUCGAGCCCGCAUAUGAUGAGUGCAGUGAUCAGGAACACGAUGAGCUCGUUGACAAUGCCUUGGAGAAGUUGGAGUCAAAGAUGAAGCCUAAAAUGUAA